AAUAAAAGACCAAUAUCAACUCGUCUAAACUUAUACGCAUGUAAUCCGUGUGUAGACUACGGGGCAGGUAAAGACAUUUUUUGGUCUAUAAAGUUUAAUGUUUCUUCCCAUAACAACAUAUCGAACAAAUUUCUUCUUGAUCACUUGGUAAAUCAAGAUAUCUCAUAGAUUGGUCCGGGUCUUCGAUGGACGAAAAAGAACAGCUCCCACCGCAACAUCAUCAAGUGUUUAUCAACUUCCGCAGAAAGAAGCUACUCAACAACUUCAUCAGCCGUCUUGUGAAUGCCCUUAAUGAUUGUGGGAUCAAAGUAGUCACCGAUCCAGGCAAGGAUGAAGGUCAAGAUAUCAACAAUCUUUUCAAGAUGAUAGAAGAUUCAAGAAUCGCACUUGUUGUAUUCUCGAGCAGGUAUACGAAAUCAAGAUGGUGCUUGGACGAGCUGGCGAAGAUCAAGGAGCGCCAAGAUCAAGGGAUGCUCAAGGUGCUUCCUAUCUUCUAUAAGGUUAUGACAAGCAACGUAAAGCAACUCAAAGGUGAUUUUGGGAAGCAUUUUUGGGAACAAGAAAGAAAGUGUAAGGCAUCCAGAAUGAAGAAAUGGAAGAAGGCAUUGGAGUAUGUUUCCGGUAAUAUUGGUGGUCUAAGAUGGAACACGGAAAGUUCGGAGAGCAGUUUCAUUGGGUCAAUCGUCAGCAAUGUCUUGAAAUUGCUAGACAAAAUUUCUUCGACUGAGCAGACUGCAAAAUAUCAACCCAAUCAUCUUUUUGAACAAGAAGAGACUUCUUCGAGAAGCAUCCUCGCAGCUGCACAGGAAACACAACCUAGAAAGAGCAUAGGUUUCAACGUCGGAGGCAGCUCAUUAGCUAACCCAACCAAUGUAUCACAACGCCAUAGUGUACCAUCUGAAAUAUAUCAUGGUAACCCGGCUUGGCAUGGCUUUAGUUCCGGAUCAUCAAGAGGGAAAUCACUAGCUCUCUAUGACAAUGUAUACGGACAAUAUCGUUUGAAAUGGCUCGCUAGGCUUGGUUUACGUUCCAGUUUACCCGAAGACAACUCAUUACCUCCCAAAACUGAUAUAUCGGGAUUUCGUUGGCCGGCUUUACAAGCUCCAUAUAGCACCACAAGUUCCUUUACAACUAGUUUAGCCGAGGGAUCUAGACUAGAUGAACCUCCGCUAAGAGAUAUCUUUAACAUGGGUCAACAUGCAGAUUCUGCUUAUGCCAGAGGAAAUCCAUUAGUAUAUCCGACCAUUCAAUCAAGGCCCGGUAUACAGCUGGCACAUCAAGCUUAUAGCAUGGUUCGAUCCAAUCCAGAUACGAGCUCAAACGCCUACACGAACCAUAAUGCUCAAUAUGGGGAUCUCUCUGGCGACUUCUCAUACCUAUGGAAUCCAUUAGUGGGCGUUAGAACAGCCCCUAUAUCUAAAUUCCCAUGGACGGAGAGUUCUGAUGAAUAUUCCGACUCAGAGCUCUUCCUUGGACUUCACGGAACUUGUAAGCAACCUAUAAAUCUGCUUCCAUGGCAAAUCCUAUUCAAAGAGAAUUCAACUCUGCUCUUUGACCCUGAAGAAAACAAAGCUCACGAAAUUCAACAUCCCGGAAUCGACUUUUCGGAUAGGUAUGUUCUUACUAGCUGCAGCAAUUGGCUCUUGAUGAUUGAUUAUAAUGUAGCUUUCUUUCUCAUAAACGUGUUCACUCGUGAGAGAAUCAAUCUUCCAUCCAUAGAGUCAUCGAUUAUUGGUCUUGGUCAAGCACAUUUUGUCGAGCCAACCGACAUAAUUUCUGCGAAAAAACAAGCUUGUCUUUGGAUAGAUGAGACAACAAAGGAUUAUGUUGUUGCUUGGAGUUAUAACCAAUACCACUUAUUCAUAAACAAGAAAGGAGAUGAUUCAUGGUCGAGUCUUGAAGACACAAAGUGUCUGUAUAUUGCUUGUAAUAAAGACUACAAGCUUUAUGUGUAUACAUUAGAUAGUUGCAUCAAGAUUUUUGAUAUAUCUAGUGAUUGCCCUGAAGAGAUUGUCGAAGAAAAUCCGUACCGUAACCAUCCGUUUCGCUUUCGCCUUUUUUCCCAACCUGGGGAACAUUAUUGGACGCAGAGAAUGGCGGUUACUAGCUUUGGAGAGGUUCUGAUGAUCGUGAGCUUAAGAUGGUUGGGAAAUAAACGUUUGUUUCAUAUUUAUAAGAUGAAUUUGGAGAAAAGUAGUUGGGAAAGAGUAGAUUCUCUUGGAGGUGAGAUGUUGAUAUUUGGUCAUGGGGUCACGAUAAGAGCACCAAUGAAAGAUAUUAGUAGUUUGGGAAUCAAGAGUGAUUCUAUUUGGUUCUCUGGUGAAGGUCUUUGGCCAGAAAUUGAUCCUUAUAGUCCCUACACACCACUUAAUUGCGGUGUGUUUGAUCUUACGACAAGUACAAUCACAUGGUUUAAACCAUUAGAUGUUUCGUUCUUGAAGAGUUUGUGGUUAGUUCCAGCAUAAUCUUAAGUCUUGUUCUGGAGUUUGGUUUCUCAUUUGAUCUAAUCAAAAGAUCUAGAUAGAAUCAGGAGCUGAAGCAGAGCCAAGUUGUUUCGGCUACUCUGACUUUAGAUUUACUAUCGAUUUGUUCAAGUAUUGUGAUGUUGUAAGCUUUUCUUGUCACCUUUAUUUUGCGAAGUUUAAGCAAUGAUUUUCUUUGGGAAAUUUGUGGAUUUAAAUCUUUGGUUGAUAAAAGUUUGUGUUUCUA